GCAGUCCCAUACCGAAAAACAGCUCAGGCUGGAGGAGCUGACCGCGCAGGAGAAAGGGAGUUUUUGCUUCUAACUGGGCUUGCCUCAUGGAAAUGGAUGCAGGAGAAAAGGGACAGGCACCUGGUGCUGCGCCGUUCGAGCCAGCCCGGUGCAUGCUUGUAUUUGUGUGUGCAGCGGAGUGGAAGAAUACCCGCCGCUUUCCCCCUGGGGCUGUGCGCUUUAUUGUACUGCAUGGCGAUGCACACCCCUGGAAUGCCGCCGCGUCCGGGCCCCCGCUGCAGAGCGUUGUGCUUCCUGCCGGCCGGCUCCUUCCUCCGCUCUUUCGAACGUCAAAGAAGCGAGGCCGGGCGGGGCAGCGCCAGAGGCCGGGCGCCAGCUGAACGAGUCAAAGCAGUUCUGGGCGCCUGGAAGCCAGACUCACUCUUCCGCAUUGUUGUUCUUAGUUGGCUCCUCCCUCUCCUCCCCCCUCGGCGAGGUCUCUAUAUAAACCCCUUCAGCGAGCCCGGUAGCAGAAUUGCAUUGAUCAGUGGCUGCACGUACAGCAGCUCAGGCUCCCCUGGACUAACUCAUUCAUCAGCUUGGAUUAUUCUUCACUGACCCACAUUUUAGCUCCGAAAUGACAGUUAGAGCCGAAGCUUCUGGACCCACAUUAACGUAUUCCAAGAUGAGGGGAGUUGUUGCAAUACUCAUCGCUUUCAUGAAACAGAGGCGAAUGGGUCUAAAUGACUUCAUUCAAAAAAUAGCCACCAACUCCUACCCGUGCAAGCACCCUGAAGUUCAGUCUAUUUUGAAGAUCUCCCAGCCUGAAGAGCCUGAACUUAUGAAUGCUAAUCCUUCCCCUCCAGCCAGCCCAUCACAGCAGAUCAAUCUUGGUCCAUCAUCCAACCCACAUGCCACACCAUCAGAUUUUCAUUUCUUAAAGGUUAUUGGAAAAGGAAGUUUUGGAAAGGUUCUCCUUGCAAGGCAUAAGGCAGAAGAAGAAUUCUAUGCUGUUAAAGUACUGCAGAAGAAAGCAAUCCUGAAAAAGAAGGAGGAGAAACACAUAAUGUCAGAGCGCAAUGUCCUGCUGAAAAAUGUGAAACACCCUUUCCUGGUUGGGCUCCACUUUUCUUUCCAGACUGCAGACAAAUUGUAUUUUGUCCUUGACUACAUCAAUGGUGGAGAGUUAUUCUACCAUCUCCAGAGGGAACGUUGCUUCCUGGAGCCAAGAGCACGGUUUUAUGCUGCUGAAAUAGCCAGUGCACUGGGUUACUUGCACUCUCUGAACAUAGUUUAUCGGGACUUGAAGCCAGAGAACAUCUUGCUAGAUUCUCAGGGGCAUAUUAUCUUGACUGACUUUGGACUCUGCAAAGAGAACAUAGAACACAAUGGCACUACCUCCACGUUUUGUGGCACACCUGAGUACCUUGCUCCUGAAGUUCUUCAUAAGCAGCCCUACGACAGGACUGUUGAUUGGUGGUGCCUUGGAGCAGUUUUGUAUGAGAUGCUUUAUGGACUGCCCCCCUUCUACAGCAGGAACACAGCAGAAAUGUAUGACAAUAUCUUGAACAAACCCCUGCAAUUGAAACCAAAUAUUACCAAUUCUGCUAGACACCUUCUGGAAGGCCUGUUACAAAAGGAUAGGACAAAGAGAGUUGGUGCUAAGGAGGACUUUAUGGAGAUUAAGAAUCACAUCUUCUUCUCCCCAAUUAACUGGGAUGAUCUCAUUAAUAAGAAGAUUACACCUCCUUUUAACCCAAAUGUGAGUGGUCCGAGUGAUCUGCGACACUUUGACCCCGAGUUUACAGAUGAGCCCGUCCCCAACUCCAUUGGCCAAUCUUCAGACAAUAUCCUCAUUACUGCUAGUGCCCAGGAAGCUGCUGAAGCCUUUCUGGGCUUUUCAUAUGCCCCACCCAUGGAUUCUUUCCUGUGAACAUUUGUUUUCCUUUCUUCUUGGUUUUUAAUUAUUAUAUUGGCCUUCUGGCUGAGCUGCCAGUUGACCAGUCAUCUUGAAACAGAAUUUGCACAUCUCCACCAUGGCAGCUUUGCAACCUUAAUUUCAACUACACUGUUUGCUGGAAGCUUUUUUUUGAACAGCACAUAACACCUCUAAAUAAGCUUACAAGCAUUUUGAUUUGUUCUUCCCCCAAAGUGGUGCUAUCUCCUUGGCAAAGAACAUUAGAAGUGACUGUUGCCAUAGCCUGCUAUGGUAGAUUGUAGGAAUAAUAACCUGCUGUUUGGAAAUAAUGUUCUGAAAAGCCUUGCCUGAAGACCUGGAUGUGAUGAGGACUUUAUGAAAUGUGCCUUUUUUUCUGAUGAGAUCAAGUUAAGCUCCAAACUUUUCCUGUUGCAGAGUGUUUUGCAAUUGAGUUAUGUGGGUUUACUAUGUGAACAAAUGGUAUGAGUGUGAUAUGCAUACUACAGAGGGACUUAGUUUAAAGCAUCAGUGUGACACUUGCAGGACACUACAAUGUGGGGCAUUGUUUGUUUCUUCCAUAUUUGGAAGAUAAUUAAGUGUAGAAUUUGAUUUUGUUUUGUAAAUAUACAGUUAACUAAAAUUAUUGAAAUGGGCUCACAAUUAAUUAUAUCCAAAUGCUUGAAGAAAGCAUUGCUGCUAUGAAAAGUUUCUAUUUUUAGAAAGGUUUUUAUGGACCAAAAUGCCCCAGCUGCAGUUGGUCAAAGCUGUUGGUUUAUUUCUUGUUUGUUUUUUUUAAAAAUUGUCAUCUGUACAGUGGGCAUUAUUGCGGGGGUGGGUGGGUGGGUGAGGGAGUGUUGCAUUGUAUGUAUUGUAAAAAAAAAAAAGUCUGUACAUUCAGUUGAAACUCUAGAUGUAUAUUUAAACUUACAGCCUGGCUUGUAAUGUACACCAUCAUUGUAAUGUAAUUAACAUGGUUUAUGUACUUUUUUUUUUUUUUUUGGUGACCGAACCCAUUGGUUUGCAGUAAAAUCUUGAACAUUUCUGUAAA